AUGAGUUCCCAGCGCGAAGACUCGAUUCCACACGAGCUGCGCACAGCAGCAGAACCCCGGCAAAACAGACUUUACCCAGUGCGCCUGUCGCAUGUGGAGCAGGUCAACCCCUCCAUCCGCCUGCUACAGUUUGCUAUUCCAAUCCGGGAGAGUAAUGAUGGCAAUCAGCUGGAACCAUUUUCUUUCCUUCCGGGUCAAUGGCUAGAUGUUCACAUACCAUCCAUCGCAACGGCUGGUGGGUUCACCAUCACAUCUACUCCAGCAGAUGCACAAGCAUUGCCGCCGCCUGAGUCACCAGUGGAGCCACUAGUUGGCGAGGAAGCCAGAUCAUCCACACCAUCACAAGGGAGGGAACCAUAUGUGGAAUUGGCAGUCCAAGACUCUCCUACAAACCCACCGGCCGCGUGGCUAUGGAAACCAAAGCAGGAGAUUGUCGGCAAGGAAGUGAAUAUCCGUGUCGGUGGAAGCUUUGUCUGGCCACCCACCGGAGUUGAAGUACAGAACAUCAGAAAUGUAGUCUUCAUUGCCGGCGGCGUGGGCAUCAACCCUCUCAUCUCGAUUCUCUCUCACCUCAAUAAUCAAAGUCAACGCACUCAGCCCUUGAACAUACAUUUCCUAUACUCUACUCGACUCCCACAAGGACACGAAACAACACCAUCAGAUACGCUUUUCAAUCAAAUCCUCUUCCUCCCACGCGUUCGUCAAAUAAUUCGCUCUCAAGAACAGUCCCACCGCCUCCGAAUUUCUCUCGAUCUCUUUCUCACGAAUUUGAGCUCCUCUUGUCUCACCUCAGCUGAUAAUCCCGCUGAUUUCACAAUCCAUCGAAAACGAAUUGGAAAGCAUGAUCUUCGCUCGGCGGUCGUGGGCGGGGAUGGCAAGCUGGACCCGCGUGAAAGCGUGGCCUACGUCUGUGGACCACCGCAGAUGACGGAUGAGAUAGUCGAGAUGCUAAAGGAGGUUCUUGGAGAGGGCGGGGGGCAGCGAGUCUUCUAUGAGAAGUGGUGGUAA